AUGGGUACAAACGACAAAAUCUGGAAAAGGGAGGAAGUCUGUUCUCGCAUUCUCGCAGGGGAAACCAUUUUCAUCUAUAAUGGCAAGCUCAUUCGGGUCCCAGCGUCUUGGCUCGCAAAACACCCUGGAGGUCGACUCGCUAUCCUUCAUUUCGUCGGACGUGACGCGACAGACGAGGUGAACGCCUUUCAUCCCGAAGCCCCACUUAAACAGCUUAACAAAUAUGCGAUUGGACGCGUUGAAGUCGGACCUAGCGGUUGGGAGCCGCUCAUUCCGCCCGUAAUGACCGGCUGGGUACGGAAGAAAAAUGAAUCUGGAGAAGAGAAAUGGGAACGCGAGGCAGAGACGUGGCACGACUCGACCAACGAAUAUGGCUCUACUCCGUCUUCUGAAAUCCUCCUCAUUCAAAAAGGUGCUGUUGAACAGAAUUCAGAGGCCAGGCCGACAAUAAGCAGUAUCACACCACCUCCAACUGCUCUAAACUUAAAAACUCAGCAGCAGCACAUGAAGGCCUAUCGUGCUCUCCACGCCGAAAUUACCAAGGCUGGCUUAUACAAGACACCCUACUUGACCGGAUACGGGCCCGAGGUUGCCCGGUACACGUUUGUGGCCAUUGUGUCAGUAUUGGCCUAUCGGCAGCAAUGGUUCUGGACGAGUGCCUUCUUUUGGGCUGCUUGUUCCACCAACUCACAUUCACCGUACAUGACCUCGGACACAAUGGCGUUACGCAUUACUGGCUGGUGGGUUGAUAACCAUAACAUCCAUCAUCUCGUAACGAACCACCCGUCUCAUGAUCCUGACAUUCAGCAUAUCCCCUUUUUCGCCAUCUCGCCCAAAUUCCUUAAUUCGCUUUGGUCUUCGUACUACAAGCGCAUAAUGGCCCAUGAUGCUUUUUCUAAGGUGUUCUUAUCAGUCCAGCAUAAACUUUUCUAUGUCGUCAUGUCUCUCGCUCGCUUCAACCUAUACGCGAAUUCCUACGGCUUCCUCAUUAAAUCUGGAAUCUUUCAAGGCAGACGCGGAUGGACAUGGUGGCUAGAGGUCGUUGGAAUCGUUUUCUACUGGACGUGGUAUAUCAACGUUCUCAGAGGAUGUGGCGAUUUCAAAACUGGCCUGGCAUAUUUCCUAAUUAGCCACAUAGUGCCAAGCCCCCUACAUGUCCAGAUUGUCCUUUCACAUUUCAGCCGGUCCACGGAAGAUCUCGGACCAACUGAAUCGUUCCUUGCUAGGCAACUUCGUACCACCACAGAUGUGAUUUGCCCACCCCACUUGGCUUUUUUCCAUGGUGGGCUUCACCUUCAAGUAACACACCAUUUGUUCCCUCGUCUUCCCCGUCAUAAUCUGGCUGCGGCAUCCCAAAUUGUGAAGCGAUACGCUGCGGAGCAAGGCCUUGAAUACGCUGAAUUUGGGUUCGCGGCGGGCAAUCGUGAGGUCAUCGGUGUCCUUGCGGAUGUUGCUUCGCAAGUUGGUGUGGUAGGAAUGGUUGCCAAAAGCGAGGUUGAAAAGGCCGUUCGAGGAGAAGGCCACUAG